UGUCGCGUGCGUUUGUUGUUUAAUGUUUCAUAAAUUUGCUCGGUGAUUUAUUUACAGUUUCUACCCGCCGGGAUGCAGAUCUGCAGCGUGUGCAGCGAACAUCCACCUAAAUACAGAUGUCCCGCCUGCAAAAUCAGAUAUUGUUCGCUCAGCUGUUACAAAUGCCAUAAAGACACGUGCGUUCCUGUUGAGCCGCCUGCACCUUCUGAUCCUGAACCUAAAGAGUCUUUCAGCACCGAGACGUGGACUGUUGAGGAUCUUCUGCAUGAGGACGACAUCAUCGACAAAGUGCCUCUGCAGAGGCUGCAGCUGUUAGCUCAGUCCACAGAGCUCAAAGAUGUCCUCUGUAACCCUCACCUGAGACGGCUGCUGCGCUCCGUCGACGGCGCCGAGAACAAAGACGCCGCCAUGAGAGCCGCCAUGCAGGAGCCUCUGUUUGUCGAGUUUUCAGAUCAGUGUUUGAAAAUCGUAGAAAAAGAAACAUUAACGUCCAACGAAGCUGCUGAUUUGUAAAAAAAAAAAAUGCAUUCGAUUUCUAUCCUUUCAGUUAGAUUAUAUUUUUGUACAGUUUUGUGGAAAUCUUUGUCCUGUGCCUCGACAUGCUGCAGUGUGUUUGUAUUUUAUGUUCAAAUAAAUCCAGAAAGUAAAAUCAGUUUCUGAGUGAACGCUCACAUUUUUACAGUGUUAAAAAAGUAUUUUUCAGAAAUGCCGAUCUUGCAAACAAAGUCUGAAGUGAGAAGAAAAUGUUAUAACACUGACAUUUAUUUCAACAAAUCGUUUAAAUAACAUUUUUCAAGUUGUACAUUGAUCCUUUGGUACCACAGAACAGAUCUCAAAAAGCCUCAGUGACGAAAAUCAGUGAAUCUAAAAUUAUUUAUCAAAGAAAUGAAGAAUAAACAGCUGGUCCAGUCGGUAAUGUGUCGGAUCAGAAUCUGAGAUGAUAAACAUCAGCGUUACAUUCAUUUUUUUUACAUUAUUUAUAGCAAAAACAUGAAAAAUUAUGAAUAUAAUAAAACUUGAUGGCUAUAGUGUUUUUUUAUUUCUCCCUCAAACACUAGUGUUUAAAUACUUUGGUAUGUUUUACAGUACUCGGGUUAAUGCUUUGGACUGCAGCAGAUUAAAAUCCACACAGGAAGUGGUUUAUUAUAAAAAUGUUUAAAAAAGCAGCGACGUGAACAAACCCGGCUCAUCGUUUCCCGUUUCACACGACCGUCUGCUUGUUUACGUGCGUCUGUGAGCAGGUGUGUGGUUUUAAUGUGCAAUAUGUGCUUUACAUGUGCAAUAUUUGCUUUAUUACAUUUUUCCUCCACCAUAAAAAACACUCAAAACAUACGGAGGCCCAUUUCUGCCAGUGUGAUGAAAAAAAAGGGAUUAAACAUUUCUGGUAUAGUUUGGGGGUUGAAAUAUUUCGACUCGGACCACCAUCAGGCCAAAGUCAAAAUAUUGACAUUAUUUUACAUCACAGUCAUUAUUUUUAGGUACCAUUUUUCCCAUCACAUUGGCGGAAAUUAGCUUCCAUAAAAAAAAUGGAUUUUUUUUUUAAUAACAUCUGCAAUUUAACCUGCAUCUGGCCCAUGUGUUUUUAUGCCCAAAAUAAAUCUAUAAAAACAAUCAAAUAAAUAAUCACCCUUAAAUAAAUACAUAUACUGCCCUUAUGUGAUUUGAGUGUAGAUUUUUUUUUUUUAAGAAAGGCACUUUGAUCAAAAAUGAGAUGUUAAAAAGAGGCAGCAAUGACACAAAAAACCUGCAGUUCUCAGUUUUUUAAGGUGCUAAAUGUAAUUCCAGUUUUACACAUGGAGACAAAAUUAAAUAAGAUUCUGGUUUUUAUGUCCUGCAGUGACUUUGUUGUUUUCUAUAUG